AGUAGUAGUAGUAGUAGUAGUAGUAGUAGUAGUAGUAGUAGUAGUAGUAGUAGUAGUAGUAGUAGUAGUAGUAGUAGUAGUAGUAGUAGUAGUAGUAGUAGUAGUAGUAGUAGUAGUAGUAGUAGUAGUAGUAGUAGUAGUAGUAGUAGUAGUAGUAGUAGUAGUAGUAGUAGUAGUAGUAGUAGUAGUAGUAGUAGUAGUAGUAGUAGUAGUAGUAGUAGUAGUAGUAGUAGUAGUAGUAGUAGUAGUAGUAGUAGUAGUAGUGGUAGUGGUAGUGGUAGUGGUAGUGGUAGUGGUAGUGGUAGUGGUAGUGGUAGUGGUAGUGGUAGUGGUAGUGGUAGUGGUAGUGGUAGUGGUAGUGGUAGUGGUAGUGGUAGUGGUAGUGGUAGUGGUAGUGGUAGUGGUAGUGGUAGUGGUAGUGGUAGUGGUAGUGGUAGUGGUAGUGGUAGUGGUAGUGGUAGUGGUAGUGGUAGUGGUAGUGGUAGUGGUAGUGGUAGUGGUAGUGGUAGUGGUAGUGGUAGUGGUAGUGGUAGUGGUAGUGGUAGUGGUAGUGGUAGUGGUAGUGGUAGUGGUAGUGGUAGUGGUAGUGGUAGUGGUAGUGGUAGUGGUAGUGGUAGUAGUAGUAGUAGUAGUAGUAGUAGUAGUAGUAGUAGUAGUUGUGCUGGUGGUGCUGGUAGUCGUAGUGGUAGUGGUAGUGGUAGUGGUAGUGGUAGUGGUAGUGGUAGUGGUAGUGGUAGUGGUAGUGGUAGUGGUAGUGGUAGUGGUAGUGGUAGUGGUAGUGGUAGUGGUAGUGGUAGUGGUAGUGGUAGUGGUAGUGGUAGUAGUAGUAGUAGUAGUAGUAGUAGUAGUAGUAGUAGUAGUAGUAGUAGUGCUGGUGGUGCUGGUGGUGCUGGUGGUGCUGGUGGUGCUGGUGGUGCUGGUGGUGCUGGUGGUGCUGGUAGUAGUAGUAGUAGUAGUAGUAGUAGUAGUAGUAGUAGUAGUAGUAGUAGUAGUAGUAGUAGUAGUAGUAGUAGUAGUAGUAGUAGUAGUAGUAGUAGUAGUAGUAGUAGUAGU